UCAGGCCGACCGCAAGAUGAAGAUUGGCGCGGGACUACUGGUUCUCGUUAUUCUUCACACCAAGUUCCAAGAUGCUUCCACAUCUCACGCAGGUAACAAAAAUUCAUCAUCGGUAAUAGCACCAUUGCCGCCACCCAUCAUCGACUGUGCUUGUAGCUAUAUUUACUAUCCUGUCUGCGGAACCGAUGGACGAACCUACACGAACGUAUGUGUCAUGAACUGUAUAAGUUUUGAAAACAUAAGACGAGGCCUGCCGCCCAUCUUCCUCAAAGGGAACGGUGAAUGUCUAGAAGACCCGUGUAUUUGUCCUCAAGUCGUCCUACCGGUAUGUGGCAGUGAUAACUACACCUACAGCAACGAGUGCUACUUGAAAUGUGAGAGCAGCAGACGCGAGCGUCUGGGCCUUGGACCCAUCGUCGUUGCACACGAGGGAAAUUGUUCGAGCACACCCUGUAUCUGCUCCAGCAUCAUCACGCCGGUCUGCGGUACAGACAGUGUAACGUACAGAAAUAUUUGCCUGCUGCAAUGUGCUAGUCGCAAAAAUCAGGCUCAAGGUCUCCAGCCGAUUAGAUUAGCUUAUUCAGGAGCUUGCUUCUUCGAGAGCUGCAUGUGUCCUCUGAAUAUCGAACCUGUUUGUGGAAGCGAUGGGACCACGUACAAUACUCCCUGCCACCUGGCUUGCAAAAAUAGAAUUGGAUAUGCGAUGGGCUACCCAGAGGUACAACAAUUGUACAAAGGUCCAUGCGUCAGCUGUGCCUGCCCAGCGAUUAGCGACCCCAUCUGUGGCAGUGAUGGCAAAGAUUAUGGUAACCCAUGUGAGCUAGAAUGUGAGAACAAGAGAAGGGAAAAACAGUGUUUGAGUCCAAUAACAAUUCGCUACAAAGGUAAGUGUGUCAGAUGCGUGUGUCCUGGUGUUCUGGACCCUGUGUGUGCUAGCGAUCGCAGAACAUACAAAAAUAAAUGUGAAUUAAAAUGUAUAAAUCAAGUGCGACAACGAUCUGGCCUAUCACCUUUGGAGUUGUUGUUCAAGGGAAAUUGCAUUAAAUGUAACUGCCCUAAAAAAUCCAAUCCAGUCUGCGGUACUGAUGGAAACACGUACAACAACAAAUGUUUACUAGAUUGUGAAAACAAGUACAGAAAAAAGCAAAACCUCACAUUAAUAUCAAUUGAAUAUAAAGGGGAAUGCGAAAACUGCUUUUGCACAGCCAUUGGAGAUCCUCUUUGUGCCAGCGAUGGUAAAACUUAUGGUAAUCCUUGCGAAUUGGCUUGUGAAAAUAAAAAAAUAGAUAGAAUUGGACUUCCAGUGCUGUAUAAGAAGUACCGAGGAGUUUGUACUUUUUGUGAAUGUGUCGCGGAAGGUAGCCCAGUGUGUGGCAGCAAUGGCGUCACAUACGAAAACGCUUGCAGACUGGAUUGUGAAAAUGUAGAUCGCAAGAAACAGAAUUUAUCAUCAAUCACUAUUGAUUAUAAUGGUACCUGCAUCGAUUGCAUCUGUACUGCAGACUACAGGCCCGUGUGCGGAAGUGACGGCGUUACUUAUGGUAAUAAAUGUGCUUUUGGAUGUGAGAAUCGAAGGAGAGAAAAACGAUGUUUGCCGCCGCUGGACUUGCUGUAUGACGGUGAAUGUAUUAAAUGCGCCUGCACUAAGGAAUACAAUCCAGUUUGCGGCACUGAUGGAAACACUUACAGCAAUCCUUGUGCACUAGAUUGUGAAAUUGCAAAAAGAAAAGCACAAAACUUGCCACUAAUUGCAAAAGACUACAAUGGUACCUGCAUCGAUUGUAUCUGUACUGCAGACUACAGGCCCGUGUGCGGAAGUGACGGCGUUACUUAUGGUAAUAAAUGUGCUUUUGGAUGUGAGAAUCGAAGGAGAGAAAAACGAUGUUUGCCGCCGCUGGACUUGGUGUAUGACGGCGAAUGUAUUAAAUGCAUAUGCACUAAAGAAUACAACCCUAUUUGCGGCACUGAUGGAAACACUUACAGCAAUCCUUGUGCACUAGAUUGUGAAAAUACAAAAAGAAAAGCACAAAAUUUAACACUAAUUGCAAAAGACUACAAUGGUACCUGCAUCGAUUGUAUUUGUACUGCAGACUACAGGCCCGUGUGCGGAAGUGAUGGCGUUACUUAUGGUAAUAAAUGUUCUUUUGGAUGUGAAAAUCGAAGGAGAGAAAAACGAUGUUUGCCACCGCUGGAUUUGCUGUAUGACGGCGAAUGUGUUAAAUGCACCUGCACUAAGGAAUACAAUCCAGUUUGCGGUACUGACGGUAACACUUACAGUAACCAAUGUGCGUUAGAUUGUGAAAACGCUAAGAGGAAGGCACAAAAUUUACCACAAAUUUCAAAAGAUUACAAUGGUACCUGCAUCGAUUGCAUCUGUACUGCAGACUACUCUCCUGUAUGUGGAAGCGACGGCGUUACUUAUGGUAAUAAAUGUGCUUUUGGAUGUGAGAAUCGAAGGAGAGAAAAACGUUGUUUGCCACCGCUGGACUUGCUGUAUGACGGUGAAUGUAUUAAAUGCACCUGCACUGAAGAAUACAAUCCAGUGUGUGGCAGUGACGGAGUAACUUACAGCAAUCCUUGCGCACUAGACUGUGAGAACGCCGUAAGAAAAGCGAAACAAUUACCACCAAUUUCAAUUGACUAUAAAUGUGCUUGCAUAGAUUGUAUUUGCACCGCAGACUACACUCCUGUAUGCGGCAGCGAUGGGAAUACUUACGGAAAUGCUUGUUCUCUUGGUUGUGAAAAUCGUCGUAGAGAAAAACGAGGUUUGUCGCCACUAGAUUUACUAUACAACGGAGAAUGUAUCAAAUGUAUUUGUACCGACGAAGUCGCUCCGAUAUGUGGCACUGAUGGAAACACUUACAGCAAUCCAUGUGCUUUAAAUUGUGAAAAUGCUAAAAGAAAAGCACAGAACUUACCACCAAUUGCCAUCGACUACAAUGACACUUGUGUGGAUUGUUUUUGCACCGCAGACUACAGGCCCGUGUGUGGCAGCGACGGGAAAACAUACAGCAACGGAUGUACUCUUGGUUGUGAUAAUAAACUAAGAGAGAAACGAGGACUACCACCUGUAAAUUUUUUGUAUGAGGGAGAAUGCAUAGUUUGCAUCUGUACUAAAGAAUACAACCCUAUUUGCGGCACUGACGGAAACACUUACAGCAACCCAUGUGCGUUAGAUUGCGAAAAUACAAAAAGAAAAGCACAAAACUUGCCACCAAUUGCAAAAGACUAUAAUGGUACCUGCAUCGAUUGUAUUUGUACUGCAGACUACAGGCCCGUGUGCGGAAGUGACGGCGUUACUUAUGGUAAUAAAUGUGCUUUUGGAUGUGAGAAUCGAAGGAGAGAAAAACGAUGUUUGCCGCCGCUGGACUUGCUGUAUGACGGCGAAUGUAUUAAAUGCAUAUGCACUAAAGAAUACAACCCUAUUUGCGGCACUGAUGGAAACACUUACAGCAAUCCUUGUGCACUAGAUUGUGAAAAUACAAAAAGAAAAGCACAGAACUUACCACCAAUUGCCAUCGACUACAAUGACACUUGUGUGGAUUGUUUUUGCACCGCAGACUACAGGCCCGUGUGUGGCAGCGACGGGAAAACAUACAGCAACGGAUCUGAUCUCAGGCCAGUCUGUGGAUCUGAUGGCAUUACAUACAGCAACAUUUGCAUGUUUGAAUGUCAAAAUAAAAAGAGACGAAGAGAAGGUCUUGAGAACUUGACAAUAGCGUAUGAAGGUGAGUGCGUCCAAUGCAUAUGCCCGGCGAUUUAUGACCCUGUUUGUGGCACGGACGAGAAAACUUAUAGUAGCGCCUGUUCUCUAGCUUGUCACAACAAGAAAAGGGAAAAAAUGUGUCUGCCAUCGAUUGGUAUAGAUUAUGAAGGACAAUGUGUCGAGUGUGCCUGCACAUAUGAGUAUCAACCGGUAUGUGCCAGCGACGAUAACACGUAUGCGACCCGUUGUGUCCUGAGAUGUGAGAAUGCAAAACGAGCAAGGAAGGAUUUGCCCCCAUUGAUCGUUGCUUAUGAAGGAGAAUGCGGUAGUUGCACUUGUUCAAAUGACUAUUGUCCCGUUUGUGGAAAUGAUGGGAAAACUUACACAAAUAUUUGCGCGUUGCAAUGUGCGAGUCAGAAGAGGGUGAAAGAAGGUCUUCCCUGCCUGGAAGUGACCAGUGAAGGUGCUUGCGGCUGCGCAUGCCCAAAGAACUAUGAUCCGGUGACUAGCAGCGACGGGAAAACCUAUGGGAACCAGUGCCUCUUCAACUGUGAGAAUAAAAGACGUGAUGAUUUAGGCCUUCUUUUACUUACGAUAGCAAGUGACAUAAAAAUAAAGAAAUAAAUAAAUCACAUGCAUUAUAAUUGGUUAAUGUAGGUAUUUUCAU